AUGAACAAGGACAAGGGAAAGGAAAAGAUGGGCUAUAAAUUCAUUCUUGCUAUUGCUUUCCUCAUUGCUGCCGCCCAUGCCAUUCCCAUUGAAUUGGGUCACUAUGGUCAUGGACAAUUGAUUCAUGCCGCACCCAUUAUUGCACAUGCUGUGCAUGGUCAUGAACAUGAACCGGUGGCCUACCCAAAAUACUCUUUCCACUAUGGCGUUAAAGACACCCACACCGGUGACAUCAAAUCCCAGGCCGAGGAACGUGAUGGAGAUGUGGUAAAGGGUGAAUACUCCUUGGUGGAACCUGACGGUUCGGUGCGUACCGUUCACUAUACAUCGGAUAAGCACAGUGGUUUCAAUGCCGUUGUUCACAAGAGUGCUCCAGCUGUACAUGCUGCUCCCGUGCAUGCCAUUCAUGCCAUACAUGCUGCUCCAGCUCUUCAUCAUCAUUAUUAG